CUCUCUCCCCGUUAUAGAUUUUCUUUCAGAUAACCCCCUCGUGUGCACCGCCCCAUCCCCCAACCAGCUUCUUUUUAAGCACAACAUUUAAACACACUUUUCUCGAUUCACCAUCUUUUAUUAUCUACCAUAACAUGGACUCCAUCUCUCUCCUCAUCUCUAUCCUCGUCUCUCUCUCCGUCUCUCUCGUCUCUCUCCUCGUUUUUCGCUCCACCACGCGCCGUGACCGCCGCUUGCCACCCGGGAGCCUCGGCCUACCUCUUAUCGGCGAAACUCUCCAGCUCAUUUCCGCUUAUAAAACCCAAAACCCUGAACCGUUCAUUGACGACCGGGUCGCUAAGUACGGGUCCAUUUUUACCACACAUGUUUUCGGUGAACCGACGAUUUUUUGCGCUGACCCGGAGACGAACCGGUUCAUUUUGCAGAAUGAAGGGCGGCUUUUCGUGUCGAGUUAUCCCGGUUCGAUAUGUAAUUUGUUGGGUAAACACUCGUUGCUUUUGAUGAGAGGGAAUUUGCAUAAGAGAAUGCAUUCUUUGACCAUGAGCUUUGCAAAUUCUACUAUUAUAAAAGAUCAUUUGUUGGGCGACAUAGACCGGUUGGUUCGGACCAAUCUUGAUUCUUGGACCGGCCGGGUUCUUCUCAUGGAGGAAGCCAAGAAGAUCACGUUUGAGUUGUCGAUGAAGCAGCUGAUGAGCGUUGAUCCUGGCGAGUGGAGUCGAAAUCUGAUGAAGGAGUACAUGCUUAUGAUUGAAGGCUUCUUCUCCAUUCCGAUCGCCCUCUUCUCUCCCACCUACCGUAAAGCCAUUAAGGCCAGAGGGAAGGUGGUUGACGCACUAAGCUUGGUGGUGAGAGAGAGGAGGAGAGAGAGUGAGAAAGGAGGGGAGAGGAAGAAUGAUAUGCUGGCAGCACUGCUGGCCGGAGACGGAGGAGUUGGAUUCUCCGACGAAGAGAUCGUAGAUUUCUUGGUGUCUCUCCUGGUGGCUGGUUAUGAAACCACUUCUACUAGCAUGACUCUGGCUGUUAAGUUCCUCACAGAGACUCCUCUGGCUUUGGCUCAGCUCAAGGAUGAACAUGACGAGAUCCGAGCAAGGAAAGGUGAAGUUGAGGCUUUAGAAUGGGAGGACUACAAGUCAAUGCCUUUCACCCAUUGUGUGGUUAAUGAAACUUUGCGAAUUGCUAACAUAAUUGGUGGAGUAUUUAGGCGAGCUAUGACGGAUGUAACCAUAAAAGAUUACACUAUUCCAAAAGGUUGGAAAGUAUUUGCCUCGCUCCGUGCAGUUCAUCUCAAUCCUGAAUACUUCAAAGAUGCUAGAACUUUUAAUCCUUGGAGGUGGCAGAGCAAUUCAGGUGAAAUAAACACUGCCAAUGUGUUCACUCCUUUCGGAGGAGGCCCAAGGCGUUGCCCCGGGUACGAGCUUGCCAAAGUUGAACUCGCAGUUUUCCUUCAUCACCUUGUUACUCGUCUCAGCUGGGUUCCUGCUGAAGAAGAUAAGUUGGUAUUCUUCCCAACGACAAGAAUGCAAAAACGAUACCCUAUAAUCAUUCAGCACCAAGAGAAGCCAGCAAGUAAAGUGUAGGCAAGUAGUAAUUCAGGAGGAAACUAAUAAGGUUUGGAUCAGAUAAAUUGAAACAUAUGCAAGGAUAAAAAAAUCGAUGAAAUAUAUAUAAUCUAGCAAUACAUAUAAUACAAGCCGGAUUUUAUAGUUAGUCGUUUUCUAUAGAUGAAAGAUAUCUGGGAGAGUGAGAAAAUGCUCUUGAUUGGCAUGGUAAAUUUGCUCAUGUCUGUUAAAAUCUUGGCGUAUUUCUGCAUAAUUCUCAUGUGAGGUAUUAUCAUCAAUUCGAUGAGAUUGGUCUCGAAUCAAAUGUAUAUAUUUUCUGAUCUUUGCA